AUGGAGCUCGAGAACAUGCCAGGAACGGGAGCGACAUAUGCGCCCACGAUCGAGACUCUCAGAAACGCCUCGGUCAGCCACGUCGCAUGGUCAGAUCUGGGGGAUUUGUACUCUCUUGUCCCAUACCCAAAGGACUACUGGACGCGAGCAGAGACCCGACAAUGUUUUACCACGGAAGAGCCCAAUGUCCAGGUAACAUGGACGGAUGUGAACUCGGGGAAUGACGUGACAGUACGCAGCCUCGGGUCAUUGGCGGAAUUGCGCGACUGGAACACCGAUUCUAACAGGACAGGAAGUGACCUGCGAGUCAUUUCUGUCAGUCAAAAAAACUCCUGGAGGCCACUAAACGUGACUCGCCAGAUCUUCCAGGAGAUCAUCGAUAUUACCGGAGCCUCGUCAGAAGUCCUCGAAUAUCCUCUCGCCUUCUGCCGGAAGAGAGUUGGAGUGGAAGAGGCCUUCAGCAGUGCGCCUAUGUUUAAAUCCAAUGACCAUUCUAUCGAAAUCGCUUACUUGAUGAAAUACGCCUUUUGCAAAUCCCUUGAGGACAACUUGGACCCUUGGGUCAUUCGCCAGACCGCAGUCUAUCAAAAGUACGACACAGAAACUAACCAGUCCACCUGGAUCUUCCUCAAUCCUACCCCAGACUGUGUCUUUCAAAAACGCCUGGCGACACUCCUGCAGAUCCCGCGCCAGGUGCUGGCUUUCAAACGCCAGCCGCUUCUUAUUCACAACGUUCUUUCUGGGACAUUCUUCCCUCUGUGGCGAGAUUACCUCGCCUACUACGAGCGCAAGGUUCUCACUAUUGCCAACACAAACAUGGCCCAGCGCAUAGAAGAGGAGCUGCGAGUAAACCAUGAAACACUAGGCACCGUCCGUCAUGCAGAGGCUCGCUGUUUAUCGCUACAACCCAUAUUUAGGUCCCUCCGAAAAACCUUCCAGGCCUUGCACGAUGUCAAUGAGGCCCUAGCGGAGCGCAACAUCACGCAGCAGUCAGAUGCCCAUGCGAUGAAGCAGCUACUCAACAACUAUGUAAAUCUGGUGGAUGCGUACACGCAACAAGCGUGGUUUCUGAAGAGUCGGACCGCAUGCUUGGCAGUCUCCAUCACGGACACCCUCUCUUUCAAGGACUCCAACACAGCGAAACGCCAGACCCAAUAUAUGCUCGAUUUGACGCUUUCUACCGUCGACGACUCCACAACCGUGCGCGUCAUCACCAUCGUCACGCUGAUCUAUCUUCCUUCCACAUUCAUUGCAACCCUCUUGGGAAUGAGUUCCUUUUUUGAGAUGGACCCCAAUGAUCACAACUUGGUUGUGUCCCCAAAGUUCUGGGUAUACGUUGUGUUGUCCGUACCACUGACAGCGGCCACGUUAUUAUACUGGUGGGUUCUCAAGAACACCAAGCAGCGCAUGAAGUCAAAGAGCAAGGAGGAUACCAUGGAAAGGGGCUCGAUGUAUGAUUAG